CACGAGUAAAACUACGACCCUUUACCAAACACACGUGUUGUGUCAGCUAGCUACAUAUGAUUGCUCUUACUAGACCUCUCUACCACUAUACAUUGAGAAACUGUCGUCUAACAGUAGCUUACUCAGGAGCAUUCAUGGCGUCCUCGGUCCAGGCAGGCGCUCCAGUGGUGACAGUGCGGAGGCUACCAGGGGAGGAACACUUGGACCUGAGCUUCACCUAUAAGCAAAAGCAAGUCAAAAUGCAUAGACCAGUUGAAGAGCCUGUUGGGAAGACUCUUAAACGAAUGCUAAUUUCAGUCUCCAAGCCUGAUAAGCAAGCUAAGAGGAGCCAGCGGAAGCAUCCACGCAGUGACCAACCCUCUGCUGUUGACGCUUGUCUCUAUGCGACACAAGUCUCUGAGACAUCUGUCCUUGCUCAAGACACACUGAAUCGAGAUGCGUGGGUAGCGGGAUCUCUGUUAGUUGUGGGGGACCAGACCUAUACAGUCCGAGUGAACACACCCGCCGUCCUCUCACUACGUAUGCCCAAGUUUGCUCUGUCAGGCAGUGCGCUUAUACCAGAGGUUGAACUGGAGUUCACUGACACCUGCCAGUGGGUGUGGCGACUGCUACCUGAGUCAUGUGAUACUCUCCCAUCACCGGAAUACUUGCUCCAACACCCCAUCGUCAACACUACCAUGGUCUACUGGCCAUCACGAGAAGAUGCUGGUCAUAAGGUCACUGUUGAGUGCACUCCCUCUGCCUCGAAUGAAGCCAUUGGAGUACCCUACACGGCUAUAUCUCCUGUGGUGACAGACACGCCCACUGACACGCCCAUCACACGCAGACAACUAUACACUCCAACACGACUUGAAUCAGAGGGCCAGUUUCGAGUGGUUACUUAUAACACUUUAGCUGAACCUUUCUCGAGCUCUGAAUAUGCUCAGACUAUCCUCUACCCUUACUGUGACCCGUCCGCUCUGCAUAUCCACUACAGACAAAGCUUGAUUGUACACGAGUUGCUAGGAUACAAUGCUGACGUGCUGUGUCUCCAGGAAGUGGCCACUAGGACAUUUCAACGCUAUCUCCAGCCAGCACUUCGGGACAAAGGUUAUGAGGGACGCUUUGCUCAGAAAUCUGGAAUGAUACACGAAGGAGAGGCCAUCUUUUACGAGACGUCCAAGUUCUCUCUGAUUGGGACGGACAGUGCCCCUCUGAGCUUGUUCCUCCAAACACACCCAUCUUGUAUUGAGCUACACAAAGGACUGUUGGCAGCACCUUACUUCUUUGCCCAAGUUGCCAAGAAACACAAUAUCGUGAUGUCAGUUCUUUUGAAGAGCAAGGAUCUACCCAACCAUUACCUACUACUGGCCACCACUCACUUGUACUACCAUCCGAGGGGUGAUCAUGUGAGGCUGGUACAAGUCGCCAUUAUGAUGAAGUUUCUCCAAUCAAAACUCGAGGCUUAUCGACAGGAGCUUGGCCAGGAAGUUACCAUUGCUACCAUGAUAUGUGGAGACUUCAAUAGCUGUCCGUGCAUUGCUGCCUAUAAGUAUGUUGUUAGUGGUAGCGUUGCUGAUGCCCACCCUGACUGGACCGUGUACAAGCUGACUGACCUACCAAAGUGUGAGUGUGACACAAAGCUAAGAAUGCAAACUGGAGAUGGUUAUGAUUCUGAUUUUGAAACUCUCACUACAAGUAGGACAACUGGAGAUAUCCACCAACCCACUACAUCAGUGACCAAUGAACAGCCUCAUAGUUCGAACCUACCAUCUACAAUUGAUGACUUUAAGGGGAUUAAUUUGGAGCAUCCAUUCCACUUCCAUAACGUGUGUGGUACGAAGCAAGUCACGAACUUUACACUCGGCUACAGAGGAAUAUUGGACUAUAUUUUUGCUGAUUCUGAUCAUCUUUCAGUUGAGAGAACUAUCCCGUUCCCCACUCAUUCUGAACUAUCUGAGUUUGUAGCUUUACCAUCCGUUUAUUUCCCUUCAGAUCAUUUGUCAUUAGUGGCUGAUUUAAAAUGGAAUUAUUAGCACCAAAACAUUUUAGUUUUGUAAUGAAAGUUACUGUUCUCUGGUACAACGAGUGCUGUGCUAAUGCCUCUCGCCAUAUUAUGCUUUCGCUCAA